ACACAGGAGGAUGGGGACAGAACUUCAUCACUCUCUACGACUCUAUCUAAUAAAACUCCUUUACUUCACUACACUCUAGCUUAACCCAAUCCCCCCCUCUCUCUCUCUCUCCUUAAAAACACCUCUCUCUCUCUCUCUCUCAAUUACCUUCACCACCGGCCAUGGAUCACGACCUAAUCCUCUCCUCCUCCACCGCCUCCUCCACCACGAGCUCCGCCGCGGCGGCGUCCCUCUCAUCCGAGCCCCCUUCCUCCGGCCUCCUCCAGAAGAAGCUCCAGCACAUCCUGCAAACCCAGCCGGACUGGUGGGCCUACGCCAUUCUAUGGCACACCACCAAGGACGACUCCGGCCGCAUCGUCCUCACCUGGGCCGACGGCCACUUCCAAGGCACCAAGGAGAAUAGCCCCUCCGCCCCCGCCGGCUCCCUCCAGCCCGAGCGGAAGAAGGUCAUGCGAGGAAUCCAAGCCCUCAUCGGCGACGCCGCCUCCGACCCCCUCGACGGCGACGUCACCGACUCCGAGUGGUUCUACGUCAUGUCCCUCGCCCAGUCCAUCUCCCUCGGCGACGGCGUCGUCGGCAAGGCCUUCAACUCCGGCUCCCUCGUCUGGCUCUCCGGCGCCAACCAGCUCCGCUUCUACAACUGCCACCGCGCCAAGGAGGCCCAGAUCCACGGGAUACAGACCAUGGUCUGCAUCCCGUGCUACGACGGUGUCCUCGAGCUCGGCUCCGACGCCGUCGUCACCGAGAAUUGGAACCUCGUGCAGACGGUGAAGUCGCUCUUCGACCCCACCCUCCACGAUCCCGCCCUGCAUCUCCCUUUCAAGGAGAUGCAGAAGCCGGACAUCUUGUCCUACCUCGACUCGCCAGAGCAGUCGGAUUCAGACUUCUUUGUAGGGGCUGCUGAAGCGACCCCUACAAAGAAAAAGAGGGGCAGGAAGUCCAUUCAGGGGCGCACCCCCCUGAACCACGUGGAGGCAGAGCGGCAGAGGCGCGAGAAGCUCAACCACCGCUUCUACGCCCUCCGCUCUGUCGUCCCCAACGUGUCCCGGAUGGACAAGGCCUCCUUGCUGUCCGACGCAGUGUCGUACAUCAAGGAGCUGAAGGCGAAAGUCGACGAUCUCGAGCAGGCGCAGCAGCAGCCGAGGAAUACCAAUAAGGCGGUCAAGACGGAGACGGCCGACAACCACAGCACGACCACGACAGUUGACCAGGUGGUCCUGUCGUCGUCGUCGGUGGAAGUGGAGGUGAAGGUCGUCGGCGGCGACGGGAUGAUCCGGGUGCAGUCGGAAAAGUCAAACUACCCGGCCGCGCGGCUGAUGAACGCCAUCCGGGAGCUCGAGCUCCCGUUGCACCACGCGAGCAUGUCGUGCGUCAACGAGCUGAUGCUGCAGGACGUCGUGAUUCGGGUCCCGGAGGGGCUCCGAUGCGAGAAGGCGUUGAGAAACGCCAUUCUCGCAAGAUUAGAGCAGUGAGAAACGGGUCGAUCGAUCUCACCGUCGGUCUUUUUAGUGGUGGUAGACUGCUCAAACCCCACUAAUUCCGUUUUUUGGAUACGUUGUAUGUAUGAUCAUCGUGAAUUGAAUAACCAACUCAUCGAGAUUAUGAAA